AUGCUGAUUUUUACUUUAUUCAAUACAAUAUUGUCUGAUACAAAAGAAAAUGGCAUAUUUUCUAAGAAUUUUGAUAAGGGAAUUAUUGUUGUGGAUGCUAGUGGAUCUUCAAAUCAAGAAAUAAAUGGAUCAAUGCAAUUAACAAAGCCAGAAUACUCAACUUACCCAUGGAAUAAGAGGUAUGAUUGGUGUUCAAACUGUGGAACAACAUAUGAUGACCAUCCAUGGAUUACUUACUCAAUUAAAAAUAAGAGGAUCAAAAUCAAUUCUUAUUUCGUCAGAGUUGGUUGCUGCUAUAACUCCUUGUGCUGCUGUGAAGACUACAAAUACAAAUACUGUGUUCAUUGCUGCUUAUAUUCAUGGUCGUUGCAGGUUUCAAAUGACAAUAAAACAUGGACAGAAGUUCAUCGUAUGAAAGACGAGAAGAUGCGUCGUUGCAAAGAGAACACAUACAAUCUUGACAAGACAUACGAAGCUAAGUACGUUCGUCUUAUCCAGAACGAAGCAUGUCCCGGUGAUCCACCAUGCAUUGCUCUCAACAAAUUCGAACUCUUUGGUGAUAUUAUUUCCGAAGACUCCAAUGUCCAUGACGACGAUUUUGUUUCAUACCACGACGACGAUGACGACGACGUCAGUAUCAUUGGUCACAUUUCUAAGAACGGCAAUGUUAAAUUCAACUAA